UAUUUUGAAAUACUUUAAUUUAAAUAUUUUAAGUUAGUGUUUUCUUCGUAUUCCCCGAUCAUCUUUGAAUUUUAGAACUAGCGUCUAUAUAUUUAUAUAUAUUUCGUUCUUUUUGAUGUAAACAAAGAAACUGGAAUUGUAAAAAUGUGGUCGCAUUUAGAAAGAGGAAGUUCUCCUGUAGAUUGGUGCGAAUCAAAUUAUUCUAUUUCUCCAGUUAUAGCAGAAUUUUUUAAUACUGUGACGAAUAUAAUUUUCUUCUUGUUUCCGCCUGUAUUGAUCCACUUGUUUCAAGAAUAUUCUAAAUUCGUUAAUCCUGCAAUAAAUGUUUUGUGGGUCCUGUUAAUGGUUGUUGGUUUAAGUUCAGCUUAUUUUCAUGCCACUCUCAGCUUAGUAGGUCAGCUACUGGAUGAGUUGGCAAUUCUUUGGGUGUUCAUGGCUGCAUUUGCUAUGUUCUUCCCCAGGCGAUAUUUUCCAAAAUUUUUGGGUGGAAACAGGAAGUUGUUAUCGUUUUACUGCAGCUUGUUCGCGGUGGUGGCGACUGGUUUCCUGGUGAUGCACCCCGCAGCCAAUGCCUUUGCCCUCAUGACCCUAGUAGCGCCGGCCCUGUACUUCCUAUACAAAGAACUCAACAUCGUUAAAUGCCCACGCGUGUACAGACUAGGGCUGCGUUGCAUGGCUGUAUGCCUAUUGGCGAUGUUCUGCUGGAUCAUAGACAGAAUGUUCUGCGAUGCGUGGCUCUCCAUCGACUUCCCAUAUAUGCACGGAGUGUGGCACAUACUUAUCUUCAUAGCAAGUUACACAGCGCUAGUUCUCGGCGCAUACUUCAAUGUCUCAGAGGAAAGGCCCGAACAAAGACCGCAACUAAAGUAUUGGCCGAGAAACGACUUUGAACUAGGUAUACCUUAUAUUGCAAUCAAACAUCCUCGCAAGAAAGAUAAGAAUUUAACAAUCUAGCUUAUUUAUUUUUAAUCUGUGUGAUUUUAUAUAUGCACGUAAUUAAGGCGGUGUUGCAAUAAUAUAAAAGUAUUUAGGUAGCUUUUGAUGUGGAUCUGCUAUUUCUUUUUUAAACUGCCAGUAAGUUUAGGUUACAAAUUUUA